AUGGCUGAAGAGAAUUUCACAGUUCUUACUGAGUUUAUUCUUUUGGGAUUGACAGAUCGUGCUGAACUGAAAAUUGUGCUUUUUGUGUUGUUCCUGGGGAUUUAUGCCAUUACCCUGGUGGGGAACCUGGGCAUGAUCGUCUUAAUCCACAUCACCCCAAAGCUCCACACACCCAUGUACUUUUUCCUCAGCUCCCUUUCAUUUGUAGAUGCCUGCUAUUCGUCUGCAAUUGCACCCAAGAUGCUGGUAAACCUCUUGGCUGCCAAGGGGACCAUUUCUUUCUUUGCUUGCAUGAUACAACAUUUGUGUUUUGGGGUGUUUGUUACCACAGAAGGUUUUUUGUUGUCAGUGAUGGCCUAUGAUCGUUAUGUGGCCAUUGUGAAUCCUUUGCUUUACACCGUAGCAAUGUCUAAGAGAAAGUGUGUAGGGCUGGUCACUUUAUCAUGGAUAUGUGGACUAAUUAACUCAUUAAUACACACAAUAAGUCUGGGGAGACUUUCCUUCUGUAGGCUGAAUGUCGUCAGCCACUUCUUUUGUGAUAUUCCCUCAUUACUAAAACUGUCAUGUUCUGAUACCUCCAUGAACGAAUUGCUGCUGUUAAUCUUCUCAGGAAUCAUUGCCAUGGCCACCUUCUUGAUUGUGAUCAUUUCCUACAUGUUCAUCGUUUUGGCUAUUCUGAGAAUCCGCUCCGCCUCAGGCAGACAGAAAGCUUUCUCCACCUGUGCCUCUCACCUGACUGCUGUGACCAUCUUCUAUGGUACCUUAAGCUUUAGUUACAUCCAGCCAAGCUCCCAGUAUUCUGUAGAACAGGAAAAGGUGGUUUCUGUGUUCUAUACCCUAGUGAUCCCUAUGCUAAACCCAUUGAUUUAUAGUCUGAGAAACAAGGAGGUAAAAGAUGCUGCAAAAAGAGCCAUAGAACUAAAGCACUCCUCAUGUUAA